AUGUCCCCGCAGCACUACCCCACCCCUAUCACUACUCUCGGCAUCAAAUCCGCUGCCUUCUUUACAUUCUCUGACCUCUGCGCUAUCGACCCUCCUAUCAACUUCAUCGCUGGUUUCCGCGCCCCGUCACCACCCAUCAAUGAGCUAGCCUUGACGUUGCUGCGCAAAGCGGGAUAUCACCCAAGCGAUGCUGCAAUAGUUGCUGGCGAUCCGGAACUAGUCACAUCUUUGGUCGAGCUCUGGCUUUCGACUUCCUCGACUGCUGUCGCUCUGGCGGCAUUCGAUACGCUCUGGGCGCUGCUAGAGAUUGACCAAACGAGUACGUUGGAGAACGGGGAACAUGCCGGGGAUGCUUCUGGCGGGCAGGGUCUUAUGUGGAGAAGAGUAUUCAAUGACAGGGAUGUUUAUGGACGCCUAUUCUCUUUUUGCAGCCUUGCCGAUAAUGGGCCCAGCGGCCUGUCGAGCCGCGAAAAGACUGUGGCUCAGGGCAGACUAAUGAGCUUCCUCGUGAAAGCAGGCCAGCACCGCUGGGACUUUGUCUCAAGCUCACACAUACCGGAGGUCGAGGCCAAAUAUAAAAGCAAGAGCCUGUUGCACUUUGCGGCUUGCGAGAUGGUUGACAAGAGUGAUGUUUUGAUGCACAUGACGCAGCUGAACUUCUUCCGCGAUCUACUAGAACUCGAAGCUCCCAACCUGACGUCUCGGACCGUCGUACAGUCAGCAUCUACGUUCUCUUCACCGGCUCUUGACUUUCUCAUUUCGCAUAAAAUUCACGAUACUUUACUCGAGUGUUAUGUGGACGAAUCGAAACUGGACCCGGCGGACCUGAGCUUCCUCUGUGGUCCGGUCAUGGCAUAUGUCGCUCAAUACGCCGAGCUCUACCCUAACCAUCUUUUGCAAAGCCCCCAGACCUUGUUGGCUCGCAUUCUUUCACGAAUCGAAGCUUCUCUCUUGAUUUCUUCCUCGCAGUGGGCACAUGGCCCUGUUCCAAGUGGUCAACUGAACGUCCUUUCGUCUCUCCCAAGGGUGCUACUGUUAGACGCUAGCAGACGAGGCGUAGAUCCCGUUUUCGCCUUGCCUACAAAUCCUCCAAACCAUGAGGUUUUCAAUGCACUAGGAAAGAUUUUUCACGGGCCUCCAAAACAUGCUGUAUCUGACUCCAUGGAUCUCAAUACGUCCGGACAGACCGCAACCGACUGGAACAAGGAAGCGGCGGCGGCCCGCGUCUUGUACCUUAUGUAUCAAAAUCACCGCCCGACAUUGUGGGAUGAUGUCGUCGCCGCAGCUGAUGUCCUAGCGAUGAAGGACAUUUCUAUUGCAGCUAUAUCGUUCAUGCAAGCUAUCGUCACCGCUAACUGGCAGCCAUUAUCAGCCGAGAUCACCUCAACCGCUCAAGGUAUAUCUCGGUACCCGCUUCCGUCAGAGGAGGAGCUUGGUCGCUUGUCUCCGGCAACGCAAGGUGUCCUUCCUCCGUCAGGUGCAUGGGUAGCCAUUUCUCCUCCAGCCCUAACCAGCCUACUGCCUUUUCUAUUCAAGCCACCCCGCUCGUACUCGGAGUUUGUGGCAGGUGGAGCAGCUGAUCCUCAAAGUGCUGUAUGGAAGGUUGCGACAGCGAGAUACGAGGUAUUGGUCGCCUUGUAUAGGUCUAUUCUAAGGAUAGAGGAGCGGGGCUCGGACCUUGAGGACAUUGUACGCACGUUGAAGAAGAGGGUAGAUGACGGACCUCUCGGUCCUGGGGCCCAGACCAUUACCCAAGUUGAGACAACAAUGUCGCGAUUCGGCGCAAAGAAGGGCAGAAAGCUGCCCGGCUCAGAAUUUACAUGGGAUGGCACGGACGCCAACGGAGAGGCAGACACAGCACCUACUCCCUUAUUUCCUAAAUACACAAUCCCUCGCCCCCGCCCGCUCAGCACCCGCGAACAAACCCAAGUCGACCUCUACCGUACCCUCCGCGAGCGCUUUCACGACGGCCCCUACUACUCGAUUCUCGGCGUCUCCGCCGGCGCAGCAGGGUACACCGGCAACUCCAAGACGAACUUCGACCCCUUCAACGGCAUGCAGAGCUACUCGGGCAAAUACCAGAAGAAGAAGCGGCUUGUGCCGAAGGUGCAGGGGCGGCCGUAUGUAAUGAAAUUCUUUCCCCGCGAACUCUGGACGACAAUCCAGCCGAAUUACAAGCCCGAUGGGUUCAUGGACGGGUACCUACCGCAGAGUCUACAGGCCAGUGCGAAGCGCGGGUUCGAAGAAGAGGAUGAGGAUGAGGAAGCUUCCAAGCGGCGGCGGGAGAAUGGGGAGGAUGGUGAAGAUGAGGGCGAGGGCGGGAAUAUACUUGAUGAGGACGAGGACGAGGCCGGGGAGGAGGAGCUUGUGGACGAUGACUUUGAGGAUGACGACGAUGAUAUGGGCGGGGAUUAUAAUGCCGAGCAGUACUUUGAUGGCGGGGAUGAUGAGUAUGGCGAUGAUGGGUUUGGGGAUGGGGGUGGUGGGGGUGGGGAUGAGGAUACUUACUGA